AUGGCCCUCGCGUUUCAUAACCCAGAAAACCCCCUUCCCCAGCCCCACAUUGUGAUGUCCCCCCCCAACACCCUGCUGUCCCCCAAGCAUGGUCUUCCUUCAAAACUGCUGGCUGAAGUUUGUGUGCCUAUCAGCAGUAAUACUCAGCCAUGUGCGCCAUUGAGCUCCCCCUCCCAACCAAGAGAGAUGUCUAUACCACCACCCAGUUUGGAGAAUCCCCAGCAUGGCAUAUCAUCUCUCUGUGAUCUGGCACAUCACACCCGGAAUUCACAUCCCAUCCCUGCCCAUGAUGUCCAAGAUAAUAUCUCUGAUACACUGACCAAACUGUCUCCCCUUGGGAGAGGCACCACAGGGGCUGGUUCAUCAUCACCAAGCAUAACCAGCUCAGAUGGUAGCUUAGAAGACUUCUUCAGGCUCCCGGAUCUCCAGAACAACAUCCCCAUUGACCCAGCGAUCCUUGCCAACAACGCGCCCUGGGACAUUAGUGACCUUCACCAGCCUGUCCAGCAAGGUGAUGAUCUUGCAAACCCAAAGACCACUUAUCCCUAUCCUGUUCCUUGCUCCUACAGCACGAACAACAACUUCCUCAGCAAUGAACAGUCCAGGAGACGCAAGCGAGGGCCACAGCAACCAGAACCCCCUGCAAAGCAGCUUCAUGUUGCCUCUGCAUCAUCUAUGAAAGAUUCCUCCACAGCCCUUCACUCCCAUUUCCUGUUGCUACAGCUCAACAAGCAUCUGCAGUUCCUUUCCUGGCUGUUUGAAGGUGCUUUGGCAAGUUGCAUGCCUGACUCAGCACCACCAAAAUGGGGAGACAAGAGUGCAUGGCCAGUCAGUCACUCAGCUCCUCACAAGAUUGAAAAAACUCAGUAUGAGCACAGCAAGAAAAGAAAGAGCCACAGAGACAAGCUAUAG